AACAGCUGAAGAAGAAGAAGAAGAAAGAGGUAGAAGAAGAAUCACAAACAGAAGAAGAGAAGUGUCGGAGAUUGUAGCUCGACGCAAAUUUCACGUUUAUGUGAAAAGUUAAAGUUUAGUUUUGUGAGUAAAGAUGGACUCGGCCGCGGUGGAGAUAGACGGGAGCGUGAUGGAGGGAGGCGGCCAGAUCUUACGAGUCUCCGCGGCCCUCAGUUGCAUCACUGGGUCCUCCAUCAAAAUCACCAAAAUCCGAGCCGGCAGAAGCACUCCGGGGCUCAGACCGCAGCACCUGAGCGGCCUGCAGCUGGUCUCAGAACUAUGUUCUGGCAGUCUGCAGGGAGCCAGCAUCGGCUCCACCGACAUCAGUCUGACUCCAGGAAAGAUCCAGUCUGGAAAUCACACAGCCGACACACAGACUGCAGGGAGUGUGUGUCUGCUGCUGCAGGUAGCUUUGCCCUGUGCUCUGUACGGCGGUGACUCCUCACAGCUCUAUCUGAAGGGGGGAACCAACGCUGAGAUGGCCCCUCAGAUUGACUAUACUGUCAAGGUUUUUAAACCCAUCGUGGAGAAGUUUGGAGUCCAUUUUGACUGUGACAUCAGAAUGAGGGGUUACUACCCUAAAGGUGGAGGUGAGGUGAUAGUGACGGUGAACCCGGUCAAAGAGCUGCAGCCUAUCACCAUGACAGAGAGAGGAAACAUCACCAAGAUCUACGGCAGAGCAUAUGUUGCCGGAGUUCUGCCCUUCAAAUUGGCGAAAGACAUGUCGGCUGCUGCUGUCCGAACCAUCAGGAAGGAAAUUAAAGAACUGUACAUCAACAUCCAGCCGCUGCAGGAGAAAGACAAAGCUUACGGCAAUGGCAACGGCAUCAUAAUCAUCGCUGAGUCGUCAACAGGAUGUCUGUUUGCAGGUUCAGCUUUGGGGAAGAAAGGUGUGUAUGCGGAUAAAGUUGGAAUUGAAGCUGCUGAGAUGUUGCUGAGAAACAUCAGACACAGCGGCUGUGUAGACGAGUUCCUGCAGGACCAGCUUAUCAUCUUCAUGGCAUUGGCAAAGGGAACGUCUCGUAUUCGAACCGGUGCUGUGACGCUGCACACACAGACGGCGAUCCACAUCGCAGAGCAGCUGACUCAGGCAAAGUUCACAAUAACAAAGUGUGAGGACGAGCUGAGCAGUAAUGUCACCUACAUCAUCGAAUGUCAAGGGUCAGGAGUAACCAACCCCAGCCUGUAGAGAACACACACAUCUCAGCUGGACUUGAUAGCUGCUCCCGUCAUGGCCGACCCUCUUGGCUUCUGUCACUCAGGGUGUUUCCAUAAAUACUGUAAUAAAUAAAUAAGACUGCUUCCAUCA